AUGACCAAUUUUGAAGAAAAAUUUCUUGAUGGUCCAAAUGUUGGUUAUUGCUCUUCUUCGGAUGAUGAACAAACUUUACCUAAAAAAGAACAAAAUUCAUCCAAAAACUCUUCAAAAUAUCAAAAAACAGGAAGAACUGGACCAAAAGGUGUUUUGGCUGAUUAUCAACUUUCUGAACAAGAAAAAUUUAUUGAACAAAGAGCAAAGGAGGCAGCGUUACUCAAAGAAGCGACUCGUUUUACAUUAGAAAAUCCACCAAAUAGACAAGAGGAGGAUGAUGAAGAAGAAGAAAUUGAAUUGAAAAGAAUUAGAGAACGAAGAGUAGAACAAUUGAAAAGUAGAGCAAAGGGUCAAGUUGUAAAAAUCUCUGAUCGUUUUGAAUUUCUCAAUUUAAUAGAACAACAAUCUCCUGAUGCUUUUCUUUUUAUUUUAAUUCAUCUUGAAAGAAAUGAACGUUGUGAACAUUUAAAUUUUGCCCUGCUCGAAUUAUCUGGUAUUUUGAAUAAUCAGGAAAAAAUGAAAUUUUACAAAAUUGAAAGUAUUGUUUUGGGGACAACUAAUAAAUUUACAAAAGAAGCACUUCCAGUACUUCAAAUUUAUAAAGCAGGACAAUUAAUUGGAAAUUUUAUUUGUUUGGAUAAGGAAAUGAAUGAAGACUAUGAUGGCCAAGAUUUGUUUAAAUUUUUAAAGAGAAAUGGAAUUUCUUUUGGUUAA